AAAAGAAAAAAAAUAGGCUUAUCUUAAUUAACCAAUAAUUGAUGAGCAUUUAUCAAAUAAAUCAUGAGGAGAUGAGAUAACAUGUAGGUAAUUGUUCUUUUGGCAACAAAUAAAGGUUAUCUAUUUCCUUUUGGCAACUUUUCUUAAAUCUAAUCUAACCUAACUAUUCAAAACAAGAUACAACUAUUUUAGUAGUGGCACGUUUGUUAAAAAAAAUUCUACGUAACUUCUGCCUAUUAGAGUUUCAGGUGAAAAAAUCUUUUCAUCAAGAAAAUGUCCUUAAGAGCUAUAAAGUAUGAAAACAACAGUUUGGAGAUUUUAGAUCAAUUACUUCUGCCUGCUCAUUCCAAAUAUGUCUCUAUCAAAGGGGUUGAAGAUGGCUGGAAAGCCAUCAAUAAAAUGCAGGUAAGAGGAGCUCCUGCUAUAGCUAUUGUUGGAUGUUUAAGCUUGGCCAUUGAAAUAAAACAUGAGAAAGUUGAUUCCAAAAGAGAUUUGAGACAAGAAAUUGAAGGGAAACUUAAUUAUCUAGUUUCAUCAAGACCUACAGCUGUAAAUAUGAAGAAAGCAGCAGAUGAUCUGAUUGCUUUAGCAAAUAGAUUGUAUGAGGAUGAAAAUAUCAAUUUAGAAACCAUGAAAUCAAGAUUUAUAUCUGAUAUAGAAGCUAUGCUUGAAGCAGAUAUAGCUGAUAACAAAGCAAUUGGAGAGAACGGUGCCAAAGAAAUUUUGCUAAAAUUUCCAGGAGACGGUCUUGUCAGAAUAUUAACUCAUUGCAACACAGGUUCAUUAGCAACUGCAGGUUAUGGAACAGCUUUAGGAGUUAUCAGGAGUUUACAUACUCUUAAACGUUUAGAACAUGUUUACUGCACUGAAACAAGGCCAUAUAAUCAAGGAGCAAGACUUACAGCUUAUGAAUUGGUUCAUGAUAAAAUACCUGCAACAUUGAUAGUAGACAGCAUGGUAGGAGCUUUGAUGAAACAAAGAAAUAUUUCAGCAGUUGUGGUUGGCGCAGAUAGGGUUGCCAUUAAUGGAGAUACUGCAAAUAAAAUAGGAACUUAUCAAAUUGCUGUAUUGGCCAAGUAUCAUGGGGUUGCAUUUUAUGUAGCUGCCCCCUUUACAUCCAUUGAUAGGAAAAUUUCAAAUGGAGAUCAAAUUAUAAUUGAAGAAAGACCUGACAGGGAAAUCACCCAUGUUGGAGAGCAUAGAAUUGCAGCACAAGGUAUUUCUUGCUGGAAUCCUGCUUUUGAUAUUACACCAGCUUCCUUAAUUGCCGGAAUCAUUACUGAAAAAGGGGUUUUUCUUCCUGAAAAAUUGAAAGAAUGCUUCCAGUAGAUAACGAACAUUGCCAAUAAUGUUAUUUUUUGUGUAUUAUUAUAAACCAUACGAAUCUUUAUUCAGCACAUUUUUGAAAAAAGACAGUUAUUUGUUCAUAAAUUAUUUUUUGAGAUGUUUAUCAUAUUAAUAUUAAUAUACUUGAUAUUAAAGUAUUGAACUAUAAA